UUUGUGCAGUGCCGUCAGUAGCUGAGUCCCAGAAACACGCUGCUGUGUCAAUCGUCAGGUUGUGCCAUUGAAAUUAAAGAAAUAAGCUGAGAGAUGUGUGGCAUCUGGGCUUUGUUUGGCAGUGAUGGGUGUCUGUCGGUGCAGAGCUCCUGUGCCAUGAAGAUCGCUCACAGGGGCCCCGACGCCUUCCGCUUUGAGAACGUCAAUGGCUUCACCAACUGCUGUUUCGGCUUCCACCGGCUGGCCAUCGUGGACCAGCUGUAUGGUAUGCAGCCCCUACGCAUCAAGAAGUUCCCUUUCUUGUGGCUCUGCUACAACGGAGAGAUUUAUAACCACCACACGCUCAGAAAGAAGUUUGACUUUGAUUACCAGACUGAAAUGGAUGGUGAGAUUUUGCUCCACCUGUACGACCGCUUCGGCAUCCAGAAGAUGGCCUCCCUCCUGGAUGGCGUCUUUGCUUUCAUUUUGCUGGACACUGCCAACAGAAAAGUCUUUCUGGGGCGGGACACGUACGGCGUCCGGCCUUUGUUCAAAUUCUUCACGGAGGACGGGUUUCUUGCAGUGUGCUCCGAAGCCAAAGGCCUUACGGGCAUCACCCAUGCAACAAAGUCCCCCGCCAAAAUCGUGCCCUUCCUCCCCGGGCACUUUGAGGCCUUCGAUCUGAAGCAGAACGGAAAGGUUCAGUCGAUCCAGAUGGAGCCGUUUCACUGCUGCACCAAAGAGCCCGCCCAUGCCGCCUACAACGCCGUGAAGAUGCUGCCUGCAAGUGGAGAGGACGAGGCAGUGAGGAGCAACAUCAGAGCCCUGUUUGAGAACGCCGUGAGGAAACGUCUCAUGGCUCAAAGGAGAAUCGGCUGUCUUCUGUCAGGUGGGCUGGACUCCAGCUUGGUUGCUGCUACGCUGGUGAAGCUGGCCAAGGAGGAGAAUCUUCCGUAUUCCAUCCAGACAUUUGCCAUCGGGUCAGAGGACAGUCCAGACGUCUUGGCUGCUCGUAAGGUUGCAGACCACAUCGGCAGCGAACACCACGAGGUGAACUUUACUGCUGAAGAAGGCAUCCAAGCUGUGGAUGAAGUCAUCUAUCACCUGGAGACCUAUGACAUCACCACCAUACGCGCCUCUGUCGGGAUGUACUUGAUCUCAAAGUACAUCAAGAAGAAUUCCGACAGCGUGGUGAUCUUCUCUGGAGAGGGUUCUGAUGAGCUGACUCAGGGAUACCUCUACUUCCACAAGGCUCCGACUCCCAAAGCCGCCGCUGAGGACAGUGUCCGACUGCUGAAGGAGCUCUACCUGUUCGAUGGCCUCCGGGCCGACCGCACCACUGCAGCACACGGUCUGGAGCUCCGAGUGCCAUUCCUGGACCACAGAUUCACGGCCUACUACCUCUCCCUGCCCGAGGAGAUGAGGACCCCCAAGAACGGGGUGGAGAAGCAUCUCCUCAGAGACUCCUUCAAAAACCUCAACUUGAUCCCGGAUGAGAUCCUGUGGAGGCGCAAAGAGGCCUUCAGCGAUGGGAUGAUGUCUGUGAAGAAGUCGUGGUACGUGUGCCUGCAGGAGCACCUGGAGUCCAUGGUGAACGAUGACCAGAUGGCAAAGGCUCACAAGACCUUCCCUCACAACCCGCCACGCUCCAAAGAGGCCUACUACUACCGACAGGUGUUUGAGAAGCACUACCCGGGUCAAGCCAAGUGGCUCUCCCACUACUGGAUGCCCCGCUGGACGGAAACCAGCGACCCGUCGGCCCGCACCUUGGCCUUCUACACGCCCGACAAGGACCAGUGAUCCGUCUGUGUUUGUGUUCUAUUGGCGUUCUGCAUGUUUGGUGAACAGUCAAACCUAGGGUCGCUUUUUUAGCUGGUGUGUCCUGACAAAACGUGGUCUGGAAGAGGUGAGCGGCCACUUCCGACAAAGACCUGAAGAAACUAGGUCUACGGCAGGAUGUGUGCACCUGUAGGAGCAUUUGGUAGAAGGAAGUGGUGACAUGGGGAAAUAUUUUUAUUUAUCAUUAACAGUCAGAACACCAGGGGUCUUUGACCUUUACUAGAGCAAAAACUACAGGUACCUUUCAAUUUUUUUUAAUAUAAAACCAACAACAAUCUUGGAAUAAGAUUCACGAAAACCCAUAAAAUAACACUCAAACAUGUAUUUUGUUAGACUUGCGUCCAGUCGCUUACUUCAGAUGUAGCAUCGAACAUUUAGUGUCAUCAUACCACCACACAAGCCGGCAGGUAACUAACUAAUAUAAACCAAACAAAAGUGAGUACCCAAUAAGUUGUCCAAUGCACGGUGCAGGCCUGUUGUGCAGGGGAGAGAGCGGGGAAGCCUCCUACCAAAAAAUGGCUACUUCGCGCCAAUGUGCCACCCAAAAAGGAAACACUCACUCUUCGUCCUCCUCACGGUGUUGGCGAGUCUGGAUUGGAGCCGUCGUCGCAGCCAUCCACAGCGGUGUUAGUCACCCCGGAUCCGCGAGCCAAGGUUGGCUACUCUCAUUAUCUCGUGCAGUUUCGGGUCUCCCAAGCUAAAGCCCGGCUCAACUAGAAAUUGCCCUAUAUUCUGUCACAAAAAAAACAAACCCAGCGCAACGCGUAUCUCUUGAUCGUUGGGAUUCUCGUUAAUCACUCUCCUCUCUCACUUCACGCUGUUUUGUUAUUGUCCGUCAUCCCUCUCCGUUCCCCUUCCUCUUUCUUUUUUUUCGUCCCUCUGUCUUCCGGCCCCGCUCCAUCUCACCUCCCGCCCGCUCACCUCUCUGAUUAGAGUAUUAUUCCUUCAACUAAUACAAUUUUUAAACAUUAAUUACACGUUAUUAACAACAAUAACAAACACAAAAAUAAAAUCCAACCAUUUCAGGAUACAACCCAGUUUCCCAUAGGGCUACACCAGCAACACAAACGCCACGCAGAGAUAAAGAAAGACAGAUCACAGCCGGUUCUCCUUAAGUCUGAAGUGAACACUACUUCCUUGAUUAAUUUACGAGGACAGAAGCAAUGUACAGAGAAACAGUACAUCUAAUCAGCUGUCACUCAUGCUGCCUCUCUUUCAUACACUAAUCAAAGGAUUUCAUGCAAUC